AUGUCGAGCGAGAAGAUUGACGCAAUCCGAGAGGAGCUAGCGAUCGUCAGGGCUUCGAUUGAAUCCUUACAAGAAACCGAAAAGGCAUUGACUUCCAGACUACAGUCACUACUGGAUGGAUCGGCGGAUGAAAUCAGUAUUCUGAACGACGAGUUCGAGCCCACACAACCGGCAAGAGUCGACCGGGUGCCCCAGAGGUUCAUUGACUUCACAUCCGAGUUUAAACCCCCGAGCUCGGGUGAGGAAAAAAUACCGUGGACCUGGACGGAAGCUCUGCAUGAGACCAUGAAGAAAAUCUGGGGGAUCGAUCGCUUCAGGUUGAAUCAGGAAGCUGUCUGUAAUGCGGUCUUGUCGAACCGGGAUGUCCUCGUGAUCAUGCCGACCGGCGGAGGUAAAAGUUUGACCUACCAGCUCCCAGCACUUAUAUCAGAAGGAACCACCUUGGUCAUUUCACCUCUCGUCGCACUCAUGGCCGACCAAAACAUGCAUCUCAAAGAGGCGGGUGUCCCAGCAGAAAUGUUGAAUGCUUCGACCACCCGACAAGAUGCUAGCCUAAUCAUGAAACGAUUGCUUCAUUCAGAUGUGGAGCAGAAUAGUCAUUGUCUUGAAGCUCCGUUGGGCCUCCAUCUGGACCCGAUGACUCACUUGUCCAUCCUCCAGGUAACCCCGGAAAAAAUCGCAAAAUCUAAGACAUUUGUCUCCACAUUACAAAAGAUGUAUGGGUCAAAACGACUUUCGCGGGUGAUAAUUGACGAGGCACAUUGCUGUUCAUCAAUGGGCCACGACUUCAGGCCUGAUUACAAACAGCUCUCAAUCCUAAAAACCCUCUUUCCUGAUAUCCCGAUCGUCGCAUUAACCGCUACCUGUCCACCACGCGUCAUGGCUGAUGUACUCAAGAUCCUCAAACUUGGACCAAUCACGAAUGGAGAUAAAGCUAAACCGAAGGGGACAGUCCUCUUCACGCAAAAUCACUCCGGUUCUCAGGGUAUUAUCUACACUCUUUCACAAAAGGAUACCACAACCGUCGCCCAGGGACUAAUUUCACAGAGCAAGGGCCGUAUAACUACCGGGAUAUAUCAUGCUAGUUUAUCGGACUCACAGAAACAUCAAGUCCAUACUUCCUGGAGAGGAGGUUCCACUCAAGUGGUCUGCGCUACGACGGCGUUUGGGAUGGGUAUCGAUGCACCUCAUGUCCGAUUUGUGAUUCACCAUACACUUCCGAAAAGUAUGGAGGGUUACUAUCAGGAAUCCGGACGUGCUGGGCGUGAUGGUCAGGUUUCAGAAUGUUUGCUAUUUUGGAAAACGACUGACCUUCUGAGGUUAUCCGGAAUGGUCGCCUCGGAGGUCGAUGCUAUCCCGAAACUUUACUCCAUGGCCAGAUACGCCACCGAACUGGAACGCUGUCGCAGUCUCCUCUUUGCAGAAUACUUCAACACCUCACACUCGGCUUCAGAUCGCAUCCUUCCAUUCUCCCAGGAACCUUGCGGACAUUGUGACAACUGCAAACGGGCCCCUUCCGAUAUCAAACAUGACGAUUUGACCCUACAGGCUCUCAAGAUCUGUGACGUAGUGGCAUAUGUUACCAAGAUGAGCGCUCGGCUCACCCUGAUUCAAUUGGGAGAUCUGGUGCGCGGAAUUGGCACCCCGAUGUCAACAAUCAUUAAGAAUACUCGAACAAAUAAAGAUUCGGACGAUUUCGGAUCUGAAGUGCCUGCAGAAUUACCGGCACCGGAUUUAAGCGAAAAGCUCUUACUGAAAAAAGAUCAAGUUGAAACGUUGAUACUCCACUUGCUUUUACGGGGUUAUCUACAAGAACAAUUUGUUGCCACUGCCUACACAGUGAAUAGCUACAUUAAACUUGGGUCAAAAGCUCGAGUUCUAAUGUCUGCUCGUGACAUGAUACGUUCUGCCACUGGAAAAAAAUUUCCCAGUCACAUCGAAGUCCUCAUCGCCUCGAGCUCGCCCUCAUCGAACCCUAAAGCGACAACUGCUGCCAAAACCAAAAACAAGGAACUCGGCCCUAAGAAGCGCAAGCUAGCCGAUGACUCUGACUCCAUGAUCGAAUGUUCCAAAGGAAAGAACUCGUUCAAGUUGGUAGGAUCAGAUGGCGAUGAUGAUAGUGGGCAUGAUGAAGAUGUACGUAACCAAUAUGUGCUGCAGGAACUUCAAUCACCAUCCUACUUGGCUGGCAGUCCCACCCCUCACUUUUCCGCUCCUGCAGCAGCCGAUCCUCAAACCUGUCCGCAAAAGUUCAGCCAACCAACGUCCCAAAAAGAGGAUCACGAUGAUUGA